AUGACAGUUGAUCUUGUUUGGAGAUCGCUUCCACUUUCCACAAAAGAACUCUCCUUGUCUCGAGUAUUACGAUGCGGCCAAGCUUUUCGUUGGAACAAUGUCAACUCCGUGUGGAGCUUUUCCACUAAAGACAGAAUCAUUCUUCUCAAACAAGAUGACCAGAACUUGCACUACGCUUAUAUAUUGGCAGAAAGCUCCAAAGAUAGAAACGGCCCCGAAUCAACACUUCUGUUCAUCGCUGAUUACUUCAAUCUUGACGUGAAGUUGGCAGAUUUGUACGAACAGUGGUCACAGGUUGAGAAGAAAUGCAGACCUGGCUCCAAAACCACUUCGUUUGCUGGAUUUCCUGGAAUCCGUAUGCUCAGACAAGAUCCGUGGGAAACUGUAGUGCUGUUUAUCUGCUCUUCCAACAAUAAUGUGAAGAGAAUCUCCAAAAUGUGCCAUUCAUUGUGCCACGAAUAUGGAACCUUCAUUAACGAGCAUGAUGGAGUCAACUACUACGCAUUCCCACAACCCGAACUUUUAGCAAAACCCGAGGUUGAAGACCGACUUCGUGAGUUGGGUUUUGGCUAUAGAGCAAAAUACAUUCAAAGAACUGCUAGCAUGUUUAUGGAUAAUGAAAAUUACCCUCACAUUACCUUAGAUUCGCUUUGGGAACUUCGCUCAAAGACGAGCGAGGAGGCCCACGAGUACUUGAUUGAACUCUGCGGUGUUGGGCCCAAAGUGGCUGACUGCAUCAGUCUCAUGUGUCUUGACAACCAUGACGUUGUUCCUGUGGACACUCACGUCUUGCAAAUAGCUGUGAGAGAUUAUAAGUUCAAGGGCCCAAAGACGAUGAACAAAAUCGCAUACAAUCAAGUCAAACAGCAUUUGCGUGACUUGUUUGGCGAGUAUGCUGGUUGGGCCCAGCUGGUUAUGUUUGCUGCAGACCUUUCUGAUUUAAAUAAUGGUAUUAAUCAGGUUGAUGGCCAAGCAAUCAAGCACGAGGUAGCUGAUAUGAAAGUUGAAGUUAAGCAAGAGAGUUACGUGGGCAAGGUUGAACAGGUUGUGAAAGUUGAACAGGUUGAAAGGGUCUCAGGUAAAAGAAAGAUUAAAACAGACAUGGUGGUUAAAAAGAUCAAAACAGAAGCUUAA